AUGUUUAGGGAGCAGGAGGAGAAACGAGAGGAGAGGGAGAUACGGCGCCAGGAACAGCUCGCCCAGUUCUUUGGACAGCUGGUGGAGAAAAUGUCGACACCAGCAUCGGAAACAGCGGUUGCCCGGAUGUUUGCAACACAACCGAAGUUACAAAAGAUGACUCCGGAAGAUGAUCCCGAGGCUUUUCUGGUCACCUUUGAGAGAGUGGCAGAAGCAGCAGGGUGGCCCAAGGAACACUGGGCCAUGAAACUGGCACCUUGCUUGACAGGGGAAGCUCAAGCAGCGUAUAGGGCAUUAAUGGCCACAGAGGCAGCGGAUUAUGCCAAAGUAAAAGAAGCUAUUCUCUCACGCCUCGGGAUCACAGAAGAAACAUACCGGCACCGCUUCCGGGAAUACCAGCUGUCCGAGGGGGUGCGGCCCCGGGUUGCGGGACAGUAUCUCCUGGAUCAAUGCACCCGGUGGCUGCAACCAGAAGAACACACCCCCCAAGAACUGGUGCAGAAGAUCGCGAUAGAACAGUUCGCGUCUAUUCUACCGCCAGGAAACCGGGAGUGGGUUAAACGGAAUCAACCUACCACUCUCGAGAAAGCCAUCAUCCUGGCGGAGGCAUAUGAAGACGCAAACGAAGGCGCCGUCCCUGACCCCACUCCUGCCCCUAAGCCAACCCGGACCAACCAAUCAAUGAAGCCCAGAGGGGGUAACCAGACCUUUAGACCAUGGAGGCCGAGGUUAGCCCCAUCUUGGGCGAGAGGAAAACCCCCUAACCUGUCGGUCACUGACUCACAGGACAAACAAACUCCGUUGGUGCCUUCUACCCCAGUGUGUUACAGGUGUAAUGAGCCCGGACAUAUUGCCAGGGAUUGUCCGAUGAUGGAGGUGGACCUGGCAAAAAGAUCCUGGUCAGCGGUAACAGCACAUCACGAAGAGGACUAGGAAGCUUCCGAUCCUUUUGUUUUGUUUCUCCAGCACGCCCUCCCUCACAU